AUGACGGCGCGGGGCGACGAGCCGCUCUUGGGGUUGCUUCGAGACGCCGCGUGCGUGGUGGAGACCACGGAACGGGACGCCGCGGCGCGCGCGAGUACGGCGCUGGCGCGGAAGCGGGCGAGAGCGAAGAGCGAGCGCGAGGCGCGCGAGGCGCGCGCGGCGACGGAUCCGAGUAAACCGCGCGCGUGCUCGACGUGUAAGAGGACGUACGACGCGAGCGCUUUCGACGGUCCGCUCAAGACGUGUCGAUCGUGCGCGAGACGAAAGGCGCUGUACGCGCGCAAGCGGCGAAGAGAGAUUUUCAUCGCCAAGAUGGAGUUGGAGAGCGCGGCGGAGCGCGGACGCGUCGAGUUUCCGUCGACCGCGAGGGCGACGGAGACCGCGGGGACGGAGGAAGCCGAGGAAGGUCCCGCGAACGGCGUCGCGGUGCGUCUAGGCGACGACGACGAUGCGGAGCGCGCGCUGGGGUUGAGUUUUCUGGCACCGAGAACGUAG